CAUUUCAGUCGACGUUAAACAGCCAACACGUGUAAAUGUCACUUGUCUGAAAAUUUUGUAUUAAUCAUUUAAUUACGGAAGAAUACAGAAAAACAGAAGUUAUAACACAUUUUUCAUCAUGCCAAAAGACAAGCGCACCAAAAAGUUUGCAACAAUGAAGCGAAUGAUAUCUGCUAACGAUCCUAGAAUAAAAGAAAAGAACAAGAUUGUAAAACCAAAAGAGAAGAAAAUUGAUCCACAUGAACUGAAUGUCCAUCAAGUCACUCAAGCUUCGUCAGCACUGUUUUUUCAAUACAAUACACAACUCGGUCCACCAUACCACAUUUUAAUGGACACCAAUUUCAUCAACUUUUCGGUUAAAAACAAAAUGGACAUUGUGCAGUCUCUAAUGGAUUGUCUUUACGCAAAGUGUAUACCUUACAUCACUGACUGUGUCAUGGCUGAACUUGAGAAGCUUGGACCCAAAUACCGUAUUGCUCUCAAGAUCAUUAAAGAUCCAAGAUUUGAAAGACUUACCUGCACCCAUAAAGGCACCUAUGCUGAUGACUGCAUUGUGCAAAGAGUAACUCAGCACAAGUGUUAUAUCGUCGGUACAUGCGAUCGUGACUUAAAGCGACGAAUUAGAAAAAUUCCAGGCGUGCCACUUAUGUUCCUUUCUCAGCAUCGGUACACAGUAGAGCGCAUGCCCGACGCUUACGGGGCUCCAAAGUAAAAAUUGAAUUGUUUUUGAAAUUUGAAUAAUAAUACACCGUGACACGAA